UGACGUGUCGUGUUGCGUGUGUCACGUGUACCGGAAGUCCAACCUUCAUUCAUUUGUUCAAAACAACCUUCAUGUAAAAUAUUAGAGCCUGAAUUAUUCACUCAAAAACAACUCUUUAGGUGAAGAUGUGACAGUUAUUUAUUGUGUCUUCUGCAAGAGAGCACUUGGUAGCUAGGUAUGCUAGCUAGGUCUGUGACAGCUUUGACAUGGCGGACACUGUUCCGGCCAUUGGAGAGGACUCUUUACUCCACAUUAGUCCCUGUAACAGCACGAUGGCAGAAAUGGGAGAAAUGUCCUGAUUAUAGGUUCCAGUGCUGUUCACAAAAUGUGCUGUCCUGCAGCAGCUCAACAUACAAACUUAGCACAAACUAUAAGAGCAAUCACACCAUCACAUUUAGUGAUGCCUGGAAGUAUGGACUGCAAAAAGGAACCUUGCACAGACUUGUUUUUACCCCAAAACAUGGCAUGAAACACACAACAUGGAAUAAACAUAGAACAUUUCAAUCCACCACUGGAACCACCAAAUCUGUGCUGAAGCAAGCGGGUAUGCCUGGAAAAAAGACAUUAAAGGGACCAAGGACGAAACAGCCAUCCAGAGCCAAUCUGCCUGCACCAGAAGAGGAUAUGAUGCAAUGUGUUGCCUAUGCGACUGCUGAACAGUACCACCUACCUACUCUGUGCCACGACUUAAUUGCUAAUGGUUUUUUUGAAAUAAUGGACUUGCCCAGAGAUGCAUCUAAUGUUCUGGCGAUCGGAACAGAAAUAGCAUCAAAACCAGAUGAUACUGCUAUGAUGUUUUUCUUCAGGGAAGGUUCAGUGGUUUUCUGGAAUGUUGAUGACAAAACUAUUAAGAACGUGAUGCGGAUAUUGGAGCAACAUGAGAUUCAGCCCUAUGAGGUAGCUCUGGUCCACUGGGAGAAUGAAGAGAUUAAUUACUCUAUAGAAGAGGGAAGUACAAAGCUCCACCGGGGAAACUUCAUAUUUAAUAGCGACUUGGACUAUGAGCAAGUCCUUCUGGAGAAAUUUGCAUUUUCUAAUGCCCUGUCUCUAUCAGUUAAGCUGGCGAUAUGGGAGAUCUCUCUGGAUAACUUUGUUGAAUCUAUUCAGCCAAUUCCAGAGACCCUAAAGUCUGGCAAGUCAGUCAAAUUGUCCAGGGCAGAGGUCUUGCAGAAAAUAGGAGAACUGUUUGCUUUAAGGCACUGCAUUAACCUCAGUUCAGAUCUUCUCAUCACUCCCGAUUUCUACUGGGACAGAGAGGACCUGGAGCAACUGUAUGACAAGACAUGUCAGUUUCUCAGUAUCAACCGCAGGGUUAAGGUUGUGAAUGAAAAGCUGCAGCACUGCACUGAACUGACAGAUCUGAUGAGGAAUCAUCUUAGUGAAAAGCACAGUCUCCGACUGGAGUGGAUGAUUGUGAUCCUGAUCACUAUCGAGGUGAUGUUUGAACUGGCCCGUGUGGUGUUCUGAAGAGACAGAAGGAGGACCUGAUUGCCAGAGUGAAAUCAUCCACCAAUGCUCUCAAAAGUUUCAGUGUGCAUACAAAUUACUGCAACUUUUUGAACCUCUAAUCAGUAGACUGUUGACAGAUGAUUGCUAUUGUACCAUAUUGUUCUGGAAGUUUUAAUUAGAUCAAUAAAUUUAAAAAUCACAAAUCUUUACAUAAAAAAAUAAUAUAUAUUAAGGUAUUGUGCACUGCAUUCGGAGGAAUUGUAGUUUUGGCAUAACAAUAAUGGAAAGGGAAACAUUUUUAUUAUUAUCCUGUUUACACAUUUUGAUGAAAGAAAAAUUGUAAUAGUAAACUGUGUGCACUUAUAUUGAUGCUGAUCAUGUGACUUACCCAUCUUCUCAUGGCAACAUUCAGCAUGGUAAUGCACUGUCACAAUCAAAAGUCACCUUAAACUGGUUUCAUGAACAUGAUAAUGAAUUCAGUGCAUUUCAGUGGUAUUCAGUCACCAGCUCUGACUCCAGUAGAUUCAGACUUGGCUGUGGUACUGUAGCACGAGAGAUCCACUGCAUGAAAUUGCAGGAGUUGUUUAAUGCAAUCAGGUGAACACGGACCUGGAUCUGACAGGAAUGCUUCCACCAUCUUAUGAAAUCCAUGUCAAGAAGCAUUGAGGCUGUUUUGAGAGCAAAUGGGGGCCCUACCUAGUAUUAAUAUAGUGCUCCUUUGCUUUCAUUGUUUCUAACAGCAGGCAGCUCUCACCCCUCCCAUUCCCCCAUCAUCCUGCUCUGCAGCAAACAGUCACAAUAUUCUGCACACAGAAACCCAACAGUGCCCUGACUAAUCUAAUAACAGCCCUGUGGUGAUGAAGCAAGCCUUCUUAUUUACCCAGGUUCCCCUUGUGUCCCCAUAGUGAUAGUGCGUAAAAGAUGAAGAUGGAGAAGUUUGUGUCCAACUUGUCUGUAAAUUAUUCAGAUGGUGGGAACAUGUAUGUAUUUGUAUGUAUGUAUGUAUGUGUAUAUAGAGCUCUUGGCAAGCCAAACAGGCCGCAGCAUGUGUCUCUAAAUCAUGGGGCAGAGUUGUAAAGACUGGUGAACAAGCAGUGUGGUGUGGCAGAGCAGAGACACUUUUCCUGUCUAGGAUGGAGUGCAUGCACUUUGCAUUUUGCAGCCCCUCUGUGCAAGAUAAUGUAUCACUUUACUGCAAAAAAGCAGUUACUGAAGAAUCUGUUCCAAAUGCUGAAGUCUACCAUAUCCACUGAGGGCAUUUAGCAGAAUUUGGGGCUAGGUAUAUUCAAUGUAUUUGCUGAUAAUUAACAGUAUAAUUCAAAAAGUAAAUUAUAAACUACUGGUCAUAAUACUACAUUGUUUUCAAAAAUGUUUUGAUAUGUAAUGGUUUUAAGCAUCUAAGGAUCUUUAUUUCACUGAUUGUUUAUAAAGAAACAUUAUUAUUAUUAUUA